GGGCUGCCCCGCGCCUGCGCAGUGGCGCGCGAAGCCCGAGCAGCGGCGGCGGCGGGCUGCGGCGGGGGGAAAUGGCGGCCGCGGUGCUGGCGGCGCCGGAGGGCGGCUCUGCCGUGAUGCCGGCGGGGAACGCGGCGGCUUGUUCUCCGCCACCUGGCCCCUCAGGUCCGGGUUCGUGGAGCCGCUCCUUGGACCGAGCCUUAGAAGAAGCGGCGGCCAGCGGUACCCUCAGUUUGAGCGGCAGGAAGCUCCGCGACUACCCCCGGGCCAGCGCCGCCAACCACGACCUCAGCGACACCACCCAGGCCGAUUUGUCACGGAACAGACUGUCAGAGCUUCCAGCAGAAGCAUGUCACUUUGUCUCCCUUGAGAGUCUUAAUUUGUACCAGAACUGCAUUCGAUAUAUCCCAGAGGCUGUUUUGAACUUACAGUCUUUAACUUUUCUAAAUAUCAGUCGAAACCAGCUUUCAACAUUGCCAGUACACCUCUGUAGUCUACCACUAAAAGUUUUGAUAGCGGGUAAUAAUAAGCUGGUUUCAAUACCUGAAGAAAUUGGACAGCUCAGACAGCUGACAGAGCUUGAUGUGAGCUGUAAUGAAAUACAGACAAUACCUCCACAGAUCGGCAAUUUAGAAUCCUUGAGGGACCUAAAUGUCAGAAGAAAUAAUUUGGUGCGUUUACCUGAAGAACUUGCUGAGUUGCCUUUGAUUCGAUUAGAUUUCUCCUGCAAUAAAAUAACAACAAUACCAGUUUGUUAUAGGAACCUCAGACAUCUGCAGACCAUCAUGUUAGAGAACAACCCUCUCCAGUCACCCCCUGCACAGAUAUGUAUAAAAGGAAAAAUUCACAUAUUUAAAUACCUGAACAUAGAAGCAUGCAAGAUAGCUCCAGACUUGCCUGACUAUGAUAGGAGACCCAUGGGAUUUGGAUCUUGCCAUGAGGAACUCUAUUCUGGUCGUCCGUAUGGAGCGCUUGAUUCUGGCUUCAAUAGUGUGGACAGCGGAGACAAAAGAUGGUCAGGGAAUGAACCAACAGAUGAGUUCUCAGAUCUCCCUUUACGUGUGGCAGAGAUCACUAAAGAACAGAGACUGCGAAGAGAAAGUCAGUAUCAAGAAAAUCGAGGGAGCGCAGUCGUAACUAAUGGUGGAGUGGAACAUGAUCUCGAUCAGAUCGACUAUAUUGAUAGCUGUGCCACAGAAGAGGAGGAGGAAGAGGUGAGGCAACCCAAGUGCAUGGACUCAGACAGCCUCAGCUCACAAUUCAUGGCAUAUAUUGACCAGCGGCGAAUCUCUAAUGAGGUGGGCUCACCAGUAAAGCCUGUAUCUAUCAGAGAGUUUCAAAGAACAGAGGAUACACGACGAUAUUUGCAUCAAAACAGGGAUACUGAUGAAUUACGAAGACCUGACACUCUAAAUUUGAUGCAGGACAGAGAGCAUCACCAAGUACUAAGGAGUUAUGUGGACAGGACAGAGAGACCCCUGGCUGAUUCACCUUACUUUCUCUCUCUAUCAAGUCACCACAGUCAGGUGCCUAAUACAGAUCCUGAGCUGCACCGCAGGCACAUAGAGCGUACCCGUCGGGAGGCCCAGCAAGCAGCGCUUCAGUACGAGGAGGAGAGGAUGAGAACAAAACAGAUUCAGAGAGAAGCUGUCCUUGACUUUGUUAAGCAAAAAGCAUCCUUAAGUCCUCAGAAGCAAAGUCCUCUGGAUAGUGAGUGUCCCUUUCCAUCCAGAAGGUCUCAGCAUACUGAUGAUAGUGCCUUGUUAGUGAAUGGCUUUGAGCCUCUGUUUGUGUUUGAGAUUGACAGUAACACCAAUACCAUUAAAAGAAGGCCAGGGACUCGCAAACAGUCACUCUCAGGGUUGAAUCAAGAAAGCUGUGCUACUACCCUGCCUAAUGCCUCUACCUUCAGUCCUGUCAAGAGUGAUGACAGAUCUACCAUCUCCCCUGGCUCAACCUCUACUCAGACAGUCCACCUUUCCCCUCCAUAUCCUGGCCAUGCAGCCCCGCCUUCCUAUAGAAACCCUCCCCAGCGACCUGAGAGUUUCCUUUUCCGAGCAGCUGUCAGGGAUGAAGCAAACAAAGCUGUUACUUCAUCUUCUACCCGUGCCUUGUCUCCUGCUAAUGAUUCUGCAGACCCUAGAGUAAGACAAAACUCCAAACAGCGAGAGGAGGAGCUGGAGCUAAUAGAGCAGCUACGCAAGAAUAUAGAAUCACGGUUGAAAGUGUCGUUGCCCAGUGACCUUGGAGCAGCUCUCACCGAUGGUGUUGUUCUGUGCCAUUUAGCUAAUCAUGUGCGUCCCCGAUCUGUUCCCAGCAUUCAUGUUCCCUCACCUGCUGUUCCUAAACUUACAAUGGCAAAAUGCAGACGAAACGUGGAGAAUUUCUUGGAAGCUUGCAGAAGGAUUGGAGUGCCUCAGGAGCAAUUAUGUUUGCCUCUACAUAUUUUAGAAGAGAAGGGUUUGACACAGGUAGCUGUGACUGUCCAGGCGCUCCUGGAGCUGGCACCCCCAAAGCAGCAGCAACUUCACCACUUGUCUGCUGUGUAAAGACCUCCGGGACCUUUUGGGUUACCUUGGCUAAGCAGAAGGACGUGAAGACUUUACUGCCCAUGCAGUGCAUCCAAACACACAGAGCUCUGUUCUAAGGAAAGGAGUUUCCGUGAUUCCUGACAGGAAUGUUUUACUUCAUUUCUCCAUUUUUUUGGAGAUCACAACAGUUUCCAGCAACAUUUUUAUUACCAAUAUUUUUGCCCCUUAUUUAAAAAAAAAAAAAAAGUUCAUUGGGAAGAGGGCAGGGAAUUCCAGUGGCUGGCUGUUGGAGCCAGCUGUAGAAACUGACCUUGUAGACUGAAGACAUACAUGGGUGUAGAGUUUGGAAAGUGAUUCCUAGAGGAAUUAAUUUGUAAAAAAAAAAGGAUGUUGCUGCAGUGGGCACAAGGGGAAUGGAAUUUCUUUCCUUCCCCACAGGGUUCAAAGAAAGAGAAUUUCUUUCCCUCCAGAGAACAACAGCUAUUUCUAUUAUGUAUUUUAAAAAUUGCAACACACAAUCUUAACCUGCAGUGUUUGAUAGCAGGGUUGAACCUCAUGCAGCUGUAAUUUGCAUUUGCAUGUUCCCAUUACUUAAAGAGAAAAAAAAAAAAAGGAUUAAUUUUUUUUCCCUAAGAGAAAAAAUACUGCAUGCUUUCUCCACAAGAAACAUCUCAGUAAAAGAUACUAAACCAGAACUGUUCAAACUGUAUUAAUCACAUUAGCAUUCUUGCUGGGUUCACUUAUAUUUAAGUUUCAGCAUGUCUUUAUCUGAGUAUUUUCCAACAUCAGUUAAGGGAGAUCUUCUGCGUAUUCUCAGCUUCCCUUCUGGUCACGUAGGGAUGCAUUUGGUUACUCAGUGGUUUUGGCAAAUGACCAGAUGUCAUCGAGAACCACAUAUGUAUUUUCACUGCAGUGUGGGGAAGUACAGCCUGCCAUGCUAAUCAUUAGAAGCUCGUUAUCAAGUAGUAUGUUUAUUAGGGGCUGAAGCAUCCCAUGCAGACACUGGUGAGUGUCACAGCUGCUGAGAAAUUCAUCAUUUUAAGAACAGUUACUGAAUUUCCACAGGUGAGCUGCACAUUGCCAAAGCAGUUAUCUGUUGCAAAAGGCAGCUUCUAUUUGUGUGUUUAACAAGGCUUGAAUAAAGAAAGCCUUUUAUCAUUAGAAUUAAUGUAGAGCUGCACGGGUUUUACCGAACUACCCGUACACCCUUCCUCUUUCCUUAACAUAAAAAUGGAAAUCCAGUGUACAGUAAUGGGAGAGGCAGCCGAUGAGUUUUCCAUUUUGCUGGAAAGUUGACCUACAAAACAAAGACUGGUCUGUGCUCUGGUCCUAGUGAUGAGGCCAAGCUCACUACCAGAUCAGUUACAAUUUUUUUUUUUUUUAACCAAUUUAAAGCAUCCCAGAACAUUAUAUAUUAGUCCCAGAAUGCUACUGAUACAUGGUGCACGGGGUCUGAGACCAACUUCAGGCAUCGGAUCUAUUGCAUCUGGGGAUGUAUUUGAAUCAGAAUACACAAAGAGGAUUUCAGGGGGAUAAGAAGAAAUGAGAACAGGCUAGCUGGCAGUAAGCUUUGCUGAAGUAAACAUGCCGUGGGAACACAGGCAAGGACUGGUCUUACCAGGAUUUUUUUUGCCUUUUGAUUUGCAGUUUUGUUUUCACUCUGGUUUGCUUCAUUUGUUGUCUUCAAGGUCCAUUGUGGUGACUGUUGAAUCCCUCAUUUCACAUAAUUAUUCCAGUUGCUUCUUAUUGGCAUUGGCUGAUCCCAUUGCAAGUGGAGAACACCACCUGAAGGGUAUUUAAAACUGCACAGCUGCAAAGAGAAACCUUUUCAUGCUGGGUAAGCAUGUUGCCCUGAGCCCUGCGAGAAAUGAAAAUGCCAAUAAUUUGCAAUACACAUAGGAAGGGAGCAGCUCCAUACAGACAUACUUUCUUCCUUAGGUAGGUCUUGUGUUUCACUUAAUUUUGCUUGCAAGGAGUGUUGGUAAUUCUUAAAGGAUUACAUAAAAGUGUCUGAGGUCUCUGCUGUAGUUUGCUGAGUGGAAGAUUCGGCCACUUGCAGCCAACAGUAUAGACCACAACUGUUACUUGUGUGUUUGUCUCUGCACAUAAUAUGAAAGAGGGGGGCACUGACUUUAUCUUAGUUUCCAACAUUAGGUCACUUGUAUUGUUACAGGGGAAUGUUAACUUUUUAAUAGCACACCCUUUGUGGGCUGUUUAAAUUUUCCCAUUUUAAGACAACCAUUCCCUUCAUGGAAUUGUGAGGGUGUGGUGUUUGCUCCAGUCCAGCUUCCAGCACUUAAGGAAAAUAAAACCUAACAGUAUUCAGGUUGGUGGAAGUUUGGCAUUUGAUUAUUACUAGUUCUUAGGAAUUAAUGGGGUGGGGAGUUGAGCCUGAACUGCCAGAAAUGGCCAUUUCCUAUCGUGUCUGGUCAACACAGCUACUCUUCCUACGAGCGGUGACUGCACGGCUGGGCAGGUGCUGUGUCCCCACUGUCACUUACUUUGUUCUGAGCAACAGUUCACUCUAAUGGCAGUUUUAGUGUAUGUGGUCAUGUAAGUUGGAUGUUUAUAAUCCUGUGUUUUCAUGCUGGCAGACACUAAAUCUUGACCAGGUGUUUAGGACAAAUAUCCAAAUCUGAAGUUUCAUCAUACGGUUUAUUUAAUGUAUUGUACCAAAACCAACUUCAGUUCUGUUUUGCAAAAUGGGUUGGGAUUUUUCGGUGUAUUUAUGUGCAAUUUUUGUUGUAUCCCGUGAAAAGAAUAUUUUAAAGAAAUGUGUAUAAAAUUCUAUUUUGUGUGUUAAAGCAAAGAGGCAAUUGCCUUUCCUCUCGGGGGCAUUUGUGUUGGAGGACGUGGGAGAAAUCCAUCCGAGCGUUCCGUGCGUACUGGUGUUUAUACACCAAUUCCAUCGUGUCACCAUCCUUCCUCAACCCGCGCCCAGCAGCGUUGGGGCUCAGCAAGGUUACACACGUGAGGUGAAGCGGGACAGGCACUCGGGAGUCCCUGAUGGCAUCCCAGUGGUCAGGGCAAAACAGCUGGGGUUUGGGGCUUCCCCCUUUCUGAAAGGGGAGGCUUUUGUGAAGGCCCCCCACCUCAGCACCCUGCUCAAAAUAAAUCAGAACUUUUAACAGCGCCAAGAAUACCUCUGUUGUUCUUGGUAGUGACAUGAUGGCAAAUGGUAUUUUUACCCUUUUCUAACUAUAAGUUCUUUGAAAACAAAUGUUUUAGAAACAGAGGACUUCUAAGGUGAAUUUGAACAGCUAAAAAGUUCUUUUGUAUAGAUAUUGUGAUGUUUUACAAAGCGAUCUAAUUUUGUUAUUUCUGAAAACAGUGUAAACGUGUAAUUAAUAGAGUAAAGGAUUUUAAAGCUUCAUCCCAUGCUGUAUGUCUGUAAAUACAUUCCAUAAUUUCUAAGUCUGUUACAUAUAAAUGUGUCUGAAUAUUGUAUACUUUAUUUUAAAUUGCCUGUAUUCUGCCAGUAGUGUGAACUUCUAGCACAUUGAUAAUAUAAAAGGAAACCAUGGGUAAUUUGAAAUAAAGUUUUAAAACUCACAUGAA